AUGUCGUCUGGACUCUCUUUUCGGGGUAUCAAAAUUGCCUCGGUCGCAAUUGCGAGGCCAGCAACAUGCCAAUACACUCUUCCACGCCUCUCCUCGUCCCUUCCCUCCCGUAACCGCAACCACUCUACAUCCUCCGUCUCUGCCGAUGAAUUGUCCCAUUUCUCGGCCCUCGCCAGCUCCUGGUGGGAUCCUAUGGGCCCAUCACGGAUUCUGCACUUGAUGAAUCCUCUCCGCCACGAGUUCAUCGCAGCCUGCCUCGCCGAAAGCCCUCCACCCACCACCAGCGCAAGCGGCACAGAUCCAUCUCGCGCCGCUAAUCUGCAUUAUAUGGAUAUCGGCUGCGGUGGAGGCAUCUUUGCCGAAUCACUAGCGCGCACUAUUCCUCUUGAUCCUUCUGCACCAGCGCCGACGGCGACUCGCGCUGCAUCCAUGACUGCAAUUGACCCGUCGACCAUGCUCAUCCAAGUGGCGCGCGAGCAUGCCCGGCUCGAUCCCACCGUCGAGGCGCACCUGCGUAGCGGCAAAUUCAAGUAUCUCAACACAACGCUGGAAGACGUACUCGCCUCAACACCUCCUUCUUCCGUAUCCAGUAUCGAAUCCACACCAUCCUCACCACCGUCAUCAUCAUCAUCAACAACAACAACAUCAACCGAAACCGCCACCGUCUCUCCUCCUCACCACCCCCAAUUCGACAUGGUCACCCUCUUCGAAGUCAUCGAACAUAUCGACCCUACCACCACCACCCCACAAGCCUUCCUGUCCAACUGUCUCCGCGCCCUCAAACCCGGCGGCUGGCUCAUCGGGUCCACCAUCUCCCGCACCUUCCCUUCCUGGCUCCUCAACCAGGUCAUCGCUGAAGCCCCCUGGCCCAUUGGUGUCGUUCCGCGUGGCACCCACGAAUGGAGUAAAUUUGUGAACCCGCCCGAAUUGCAAGCCUGGGCACAGGAAGGCUUGAUGCGCGCUGCAGAUUCCAGCACGUCACGGGGUGGCGCAGCAGCUCUGGAAGGCAUGCGAUGGAAGUGUAUGGGGACGAUUUAUGUCCCGGGACUUGGGUGGAAGAUGGUGCCCGGGUCGGAGAGUUGGGGGAAUUACUUUUGGGCAGUGAAAAAGGGUGUUUGA